GAACAACAGGAAGUGCCUGGUUAAGCUAACGCUGUAUCAGAAGCGGCAAGAACAGCAGCAGCAGCCGCACUGUGAAGUUAGCAGGACGACUUGUGAACAAGAUAGCCCCUGUUGCUUCUCAGCUUUGUGGUUGUUCUGCACCGCUUCCUUUUGCACUUCAGCCAUGGGCUCCUGGCCUCUCAGUCCCAGGAGCAUCUCGGGUAUCACUGCUCCAUGCUUGGUAGUGACAGCUCUUCUGCACCUCAGUCUGUCAUUCAAUGUUGAUGUGAAAGAUACAAUGAGCUUCAGUGGCCCGGUCGAAGAUAUGUUUGGAUAUACUGUUCAACAAUUUGAAAAUGAAGAAGGAAAAUGGGUGCUUAUUGGAUCCCCUUUAGCUGGUCAGCCCCAGAAGAAAACAGGUGAUGUCUACAAAUGCCCAGUAGGACAAGGCAUUAGUUUGCCAUGCGUAAAAUUGAAUUUGCCAGCGAACACAUCUAUUCCUCAAGUUACAGAAGUAAAGGAGAACAUGACUCUUGGAUCAACUUUAGUGACCAACCCAAAUGGAGGAUUUUUGGCAUGUGGGCCUCUUUAUGCUUACAAGUGUGGGCGCUUGCAUUACACAACCGGCAUCUGUUCAAAUGUGAGCUCUACUUUUGAGGUUGUAAACUCCAUUGCCCCAUCUGUGCAAGAAUGUAAGAACCAGCUGGAUAUUGUCAUUGUUCUUGAUGGAUCGAACAGUAUUUAUCCAUGGGAGAGUGUCACAGACUUUUUGAACAGCCUGCUGAAAAAUAUGGACAUAGGUCCCCAAGAAACACAGGUUGGGAUUGUUCAAUAUGGGGAAAAUGUAACCCAUGAAUUUAACCUCAACACAUACACAACUACAGAAGAUGUGCUUGUUGCAGCAAAGAAAAUUAUUCAGAGAAGAGGACGCCAAACUAUGACAGCUCUUGGAAUUGAUACCGCAAGGAAGGAAGCUUUUACAGAAGCUCGUGGAGCUCGCAGUGGGGUACAGAAAGUAAUGGUGGUUGUGACUGAUGGAGAAUCCCAUGACAACUUCAAAUUAAAACAAGUGAUUAAAGAUUGUGAAGACCAAAAUAUACAGAGGUUUUCUAUUGCUAUUCUUGGCUAUUACAACAGGGGGAAUCGAAGCACCGAGAAGUUUGUUGAGGAAAUAAAAUCAAUUGCAAGUGAGCCAACUGAAAAUCAUUUUUUCAACGUCUCAGAUGAAGUAGCUUUGCUUACUAUUGUUGAAGCUCUUGGGGAGAGAAUAUUUUCCCUGGAAGCUACAAAAGACAAGCUGGCCGCCUCUUUUGAAAUGGAAAUGUCUCAAGCUGGAUUCAGUGCUUAUUAUUCCCAGGACUGGAUCAUGCUGGGAGCACCUGGAGCAUAUGACUGGAAUGGAACCGUUGUCAUGCUAAAAGAUGGUAACUUUUUAAUCCCAAGAAAUGACACAUUUUAUGAUGAAUCUUCAGAAAAAAAUGAGCCUCUUGCAGCUUAUUUAGGUUAUACAGUAAAUUCAGCCUCAGUACCUGGAGAUGUGCUAUAUAUUGCUGGCCAACCUCGAUAUAAUCACACUGGUCAAGUUAUCAUAUAUAGAAUGAGAGGUGCAAGUAUAGAAAUACUUCAGCGAUUAGGAGGAGAACAAAUCGGAUCAUAUUUUGGGAGUGUUAUCACAACCGUUGAUGUAAAUCAAGAUACGAUUACUGAUAUUCUUCUGGUGGGAGCACCUAUGUACAUGGGGACUGAAAAAGAAGAACAAGGCAAAGUGUAUGUGUAUUCUUUGAACAAGAAAACAUUUGAAUAUCAGAUGACACUUGAGCCUCUAAAGCAAACGUGCUGUUCACAACAGAAGCACGACUGCCGGAUUCACUACAAAAAUGAACCAUGUGGGGCUCGUUUUGGAACAUCAAUUGCUCCAGUGAAGGACCUCAACCUUGAUGGGUUUAAUGAUGUAGUCAUAGGCGCUCCUUUAGAAGAUGAUCACCGAGGAGCUGUGUAUGUUUACCAUGGCAAUGGAAAAAGUAUAAGGAAAGCGUAUGCACAGCGCAUUGCAUCAGGUGGAGAUGGAGAAAAGAUGAAAUAUUUUGGCCAGUCUAUACAUGGUGAAAUGGAUCUAAAUGGGGAUGGAUUGGUAGAUGUCACCAUUGGAGGCCUUGGAGGGGCAGCCCUCUUCUGGUCUCGCGAUGUUGCUGAAGUGAAUGCUUCCAUGGCAUUCAUGCCCAGCUCAAUUAAUAUCCAGAAGAUAACUAAUGAAACACAAAAACAAACAGUUUCCAUCAAUGCAACAAUUUGUUUCAAAGUUGGAUUAAAAUCAAAGUCGGAUACAAUUAAUGAAACAAGUAUCCAGUAUUGGCUUACACUUGAUGCACAACGAAAGUUAUCUCGAAGUCUUUUCACAGAAACCCAAGAAAGGAAGAUACAAAAAAAUAUUACAGUCAAAGGGUCAGAAUGUAUUAAGCAUAGCUUCUACAUGUUGGACAAGCCUGACUUUCGUGAUUAUGUAAAGGUUUUGUUGGAGUUCAACUUUUCAGAUCCAGAGAGUGGCCCCAUUCUUGAUAAUGCUCUCCCCAAUGCUAUAUAUGAAUAUAUCCCUUUCACAAAAGAUUGUGGAAACAAGGAGAAAUGCAUUGCCGAUCUACAGCUAACUGCCAGCACAAGUAUAGCAGGAAACAGCUCCUUUCCUUUCACCGUCAAGUCAAGCACCGACAAAUUCGCUGUGCAUCUGUUUGUUAAGAACAAAAAAGACAGUGCUUAUAAUACAAGAGUCCUCGUUCAGUAUUCUCCAAAUAUUAUUUUUGUUGGGAUUGAGAAAAUACAAAAGGAUAGCUGUGAAUCCGGACAUAAUAUCACCUGUAAAGUGGGCUACCCCUCCCUAGCAUUUGGAGAGAUGAUUUCCUACAAUAUAAUAUUCCAAUUCAAUAUGUCUUAUCUUCUGGAAAAUAUAACUAUUGACACUUCUGUAACAAGCGACAGUGAGGAACUUGAUGAAACUCUUUCAGACAAUAGAGCAAGUAUUGUAAUACCAGUACAAUAUGAAAGUGGAUUAAUAUUUAAAAGGGAGGCUGAUCCACCUUACAUUGUUAUUGCUGCAAAUGAUACAGUUCCUACAAGUGUUAACUCCACGGAUAAACUCGGGGAUGAAAUUAAUAUAUACUAUUUGAUUGAAAAACAUGAACUUUUUCCAGUGCCACAACUUACAUUGCAAAUUUUAUUCCCUAACUUGACUUCAGCCAAAGACCCUGUUCUCUAUCUAACCAGAAUAUCAUCUUCAGAGAAUGCAAACUGCCAUGCCAGCCAUCCCACAGACCCACUAAGGAUUGAUGCUGGCACUCCAUAUAAUAUACAAAAAAAGAGAGGACAUUUAAAGGUUCCAGUUAUAGACUGUAAUUCAUAUGACUGUGCAUCUAUUGACUGUAUACUGGCACCAUCCAAUAUAACUCAAGUGAACAUUUCCUUCCGACUGUGGAAACCUACCUUUAUACAAGCAAGGGUUCGUACUGUAGAUCUCACUGUAACAGCUUCACUUCAUAAUAAAAACUCAUCAUUGACCUUGAGAAAAGAUUAUGAAAAAGUAGAGACUACUAUUAAAAUUUCAAGAGAUCUUCUUCCUGGUCAUGUGCCAUUAUGGGUUAUCCUACUGAGUGUUUUUGCUGGACUUUUGAUCCUUACACUACUUAUAUUUGCAUUGUGGAAGGCUGGAUUUUUCAACAGGCCGUUAAAGAAGAAAAUGGAGAAAUGAGGGAGGAAAAUACACAAAAAACAAACUGUAGCAAUUCUUCAAUGAUCUGUCCUCAGGUCUUCCUCAGAAACACGACUGUAAUGUACCAUCUAGAUGGUAAUGAAGUUUUCAUACACGCCAACACAGAGCUACCAAAGUGCCUAAUGCUAAAACAGUGAAAACCAACAGAUCCAAGCUGGAUGGAAAAUAGUGAGGAGAGAUAUGUUUUUCCUUCCAUUUUGAAGCUGGCCAGGAUUUAAAGAUCUGUGUGCACCCAAGAGCAAGCAAAGCAACUACAUCUAUGCAGCCAAGCAGGCUUUAUUUCUCUAACAACCAUUUCCCUUGUACAUGGCAAACUCAUACCUUCCAGUAUGUCCCUCAUUCAUUCAGGUGAAUGGGGAAACAGGGACAUGUUGGCAGGUGUGUAAAGUGCUUUUGAAACUGAUGAGAGUUUUUAAAGCAGCUUGUGAUGUGUCGCAAAUCCCACCAGACGUGCAAAUGAUUGGGCUUCCCCUCUUUGUAUACCCCUGCAAGAACGUAAUUCUAAAUAACAGAUUUGGGGGUCAGUCUCUAAUAAGUGGGGGGGGGGGAGAGUUAAAAGAUGUCUGCAUCAUCCCAGAGCAGAAGAUAAAUCAAAUAGUCAAUUUGCUUCUUAAUUUCAAAAAUAAAAAUUCAAAACUCAGUACCUACCAUGCCUGAUUUCCAAACCUCCAAUAUGCUCAUGUACACACAUACUUAUCUGGAGCAAGAACCUUCAGAACAAGAACCUAGAGGUAAUACUUUUCAAGCUUUGCCCUGAACACAUACAGCUGAGAAAGUUUCUGUUUCUACUGAAUGUAAUGAAUGCAGAUAUAUACUGUAGAUGCUCCUUCACAAAACAGAAUUCAGUUUUCAGAAAGCUAGUAUUACUUCUUUAGGAAAAUGUGUUUCUGAACCAUUUAUUAUUCCUCCAUAGACCUGUCAAAUAAUUGCCCUGUUAAACAAGGAUUAUCUCCACGUGAACAGUUGCCUAAAUAUCUGGUCACCACUGUGUCCCAAAAUAUUGCCGAUGACUCUUGGAAAAUUGAUCCAUCCAUUUAUAUCUUAAGAGGUGGGAGCAAGCAGUGGAGUGCUUAUGGAAAGGUUUCUGCAUAGAUAUUCAAUUUGUAGAUAUUUAAUGUGAUAGACAGACAGUGUUGCAACAAAGCACUCCCAAAAGAGCACAGCAGCACAGUCGUACUUGCUUUAGGAACAUAGGAAGCUGCCAUAUACUGAGUCAGACCAUUGGGCUAUCAAGCUCAGUAUUGUCUUCACAGACAGGCAGUGGCUUCUCCAAGGUUGAAGGCAGGAAUCUCUCAGCCCUAUCUUGGAGAAGCCAGGGAGGGAAUUUGAAACCUUCUGCUCUUCCCAGAGUGGCUCCAUCCCCUGCGGGGAAUAUCUUAUAGUGCUCACACCUGUAGUCUCCCAUUCAUAUGCAACCAGGGUGGACCCUGCUUAGCUAAGGGGACAAGUCAUGCUUGCUACCACAAGACUAGCUCUCCUCCAUAUGUCACAAUGAACUACUCAUUUGCCACAGGUCUAUGCUACUCAACUGUAGAUUAGUUAACUUGAGAAUCAUUGUGGGUGCACAUGGAAUCACUUUAAAGGAGGCGUCCCUCUACAAUUUGUACUGACAAAUCCAAAUGUGUAGUGACAAAAAUCACACAUUAAUGCCUAAUAAGGCCUUUUUUCAUGUGGCAUGUGAGCUGAGCUAUUUCUGAUGCUGUCCUUCCCCCUCGCCUGUCUGUUUUUGUCGAUUCCCCAUGGUACAAAGAAUGAUACCCAGAUAAGCGAAUUUUCUGGAGAUGGAGUUUUGCUGCUGUUUGAAAUUUUCAAUCUUUUCAGUCAACUUUUCAAGCAUUUGGGGAAUGUAAGCAACAUACUGAGAAGGGAUCUGUAAACUAUAUGGUAGUGGUGAACAUGUAACAAUGAUUUCCAAAGGUUUUCCCACCAUCAGUCAUUGGCAGUUUCUUGGGGGAAAUUAGCUCGUCGUUAUCAUUUCUCUCAUACAUGUGACUUGGGAUGGAAUAUUUAUUUAAAUAUUUGUCAACAAUUAGUAAGACCACUGAGAUUUUAGAAACGCAGGCAAACAUUUUGAUGAACAAUUCAGAAGGCGAUUGUUCUUACCCAAGUCCAAAUCACAAAGUGCUGGUAUCACUGUUCAGAGUUAAUGUUAAAUGUUGCUGUUGUUGUUCUCCAUGUGUUCCUUGGACGGAUCGCUUACAUGUGAAGUUGGCAAUGUGUCAGAACCAUGCACCUGGCCGGGAUUCCCCGUAUGAAUUAGUCAGAGUCACAUUUUGGUACAUGAUACAUUUUCCACUAGAGGUGUUUUUUUUCCCAUUAGAGUUUUUCUUUUUCUUUUUAAGGUUAUCAAGCAAACUCUCUCCUCACAUGCUUUCAAGAGUCCUAUUCCCAGCUUAAUUCACAGGACGCUUGAGGACAGUAGGUCACAUACAGCGCAGCAAGCCACGGAUCCAAGAGUGAUCCACACUCCCUGCUUCCAAGCCACUCAUCACUCUGGCACUGCUAGCAAUGGUGGGGCUCCUUCGUGACACCAACACAUUGGGAUGAUACACAUGAUCUGGGCGGGUUGGGAGGCUGCAGGGGGAAGGAUACACUUAACCUACCUUCCUCCCAGACAACUGCACUUUCCUUUCCCAGAGCGCCUCCCAUGCACAGAGCAGGGCAGAGGGUCCCGGGGCCAGAACCUGUUGUUCUGGCCCUCAGUGCGAUGCGUGGAAUGCACACUGCAUUGGGGAUUCCCCCAUCAGAUGGGCGUUCUAUGUACCCGUCUCUGUGACUCCUCAGGCUACAUGUAGCCCGAGGAAUUACACAAUACCCAGUAACCAGGGUAAGGGUGCGAGGGAGAAGUGGGAGGGGAGCAGAGGGAUCUGUGAGGAUCCUGCCACUUCUCACAACCAGCCUAACUCUGCUUGGAGCAGCCCAGGCACGGUUAGGCUAGUCGUGAGAACAGCCUCAUUGUGUCACCUUAGCUGGGGCCUACUCCCAUCAUUCCCAAUAGGAGAAGGUCACAGUUGCAAUGAUGCAAUACGAUGGUGGCACAGAGCAUCCCUCGCCAUGACUAGCGGUGAUCACAGGCUGGUGAGUGCCUUGGAGGCAGUGAGCGCAGAUCCCUCUUGGAUCCAUGGCUCACUGAACAGUAGGUCAGCCAAUGUCAAAACCACAAGUGGAAAGACAAUUCUAGAUUACACUAAAAAUGAACCACCAAAGCUAAAAGCAAUGAUGACCAAGGAUAGGCCACAAUAAAAUAGAGUAAAAUGUACUGUAGACAAACCCUUAACAUUGUAACCCACACUGUAUGUUUGCUACUUAGGAGCUGACGAAUUAUUUAAACAUGACUACAUGCACUGUAUAUAGCAAUACACUGAAACAGAGAGUUUUAAUCCUUCUAGAAUCCUGGUGCUUUGAUCCUAAACAUGGUGGCCCAAAUCCAGCUAAAAUUAGAAAAUCAACAUAUUACGUCAAACCUGUAGUUUGGCUCUGCAUAUGUGUGUGGUUUCCUUUUGUUUUGUUUUUGUUUAAUUUUGCCCUGCAGGGGGCUGGUCAGGACAGACUUUAGGGCACCAAUGGAGGCUUCCCUCCCAAAGCUAACAACAGUUGCAGAUGUCUGAUUUUCAUGAGCACUGUGGCGCAAGUCGAAAGGGCUAAAUACUUUCACCACAUGCCACAGUCCCAGGACUGAUUAGCCCCCUUCGAGGGGAAACCUGCCCCAACCCACUCUCACACACAUGCAGGGUCAGACUAUGAAGCUAUUCAUUGUUCAUUAUUCAUUCCAGCCCAGUUUUGGUUGUGCUUGUGUACCACCAGGAACCACACGGCUCUCGGCGGUGGUGCAACAGCAAACCCACUCAGGGAGCCAGCCGCUUAGCCCGCUUAGGGGCGCGAGGGUGCCCAGAAAGCAGAGUAAACGAUCAUGUGUUGGCCUGUGUCGGGAGGCUCCCCAUAAUGCACCGUGCAUGCAAGCGGUGCAUUACUAGAGUUCUGGGGACCUCCCAGCCCCCAAACCUGCCAGCUGCCAGUAGCAGCCAGUGAACGCCUGGGCAAGCAAUUCACUCGCCCAACCAGAAGCAAGAGAUCAUCUGUGGGGGAGGUAAACAUUUUGUGGCUUCCUCCCCUUGCCCCAUUAGAGCCCUUUCUCGGAUCGUGCGAAAGGGCUCUACGUGUAUUUAACCAGAAGUAGGAUGAUCUCCAGUCCUGCUGAAAGCAAAUGGACUUAAAUUAGCACCUAACUUGUUCCAAUGGGGCUUUAGCUGGAUUUGGGCCACUAAAUACAAGGAUGUCCCAUUGAUUCUAAUCGAAUUCAGUUUCAAAUAAAUUGUCUUAGGAUCAGUCCUGAAGACUGCACUUGAUUACCUGUAUAGUAGAAGUCCCAUUACAGACAACUGAGCUAUCCUGAAGAAAACAACUUUGUAUUAAGGUCUAGUGCCUGUUGUGUGAGUAUCUUUUUUCACACGUCUAUGACUUUUCUUCUGCACUAUGAACAUAUUCUCCUACGCAUUAACCUAGCAUGCAGCUAGGUGCGGGUGUUUUAAAAACAAACUUGGUACAAACCUUAUUUAAAUGCUAUGGCAGAGAAGGUAAGAGGCUGAUCUAUGAAUCGGGAAGUCUUCAGUUCAAAUGUUGCUUCUGCCUGCACACAUUAAGAAGGCCUAGAGAUGUGCAAGUAGAUUUGAAUUGAAUUGAUUCAAGUGCAAAUCGGACUGAUUUGAACUUGAAUCAGGUUGAAUCACUCUUAGAAUAAAUCAAAUUAGAGUGAUUAGAAUAAAUCACUCUAAGGGUGAUUAGAAUAAAUCACUCUUAGAAUAAUCAAAUUGAAUCACUCUUAGAAUAAAGGGCCUGAUUUGAUUUUGAAUCAAAUCAUCCCUGAGUUGAGCUUGAAUCAAUUUGAGUGAUCCAAGCACCAUUCUGGCAGGCUUUCCCUGCUUGCUGAUUGGUUUUCUAGCACUGGCUUCUGAUUGGCUUGAGAUCUCCUUGCUUCUUGGUUGGCUUGUUAUCAUACAAAUCAAGUGUUGUCAUGGGCAACUAUGACCCCAUUGACUGGGUAGAGGGAGGAAGAGGGAACAAAAAAAGAGGGAAUUUCAAAAUGUUUUCAAAGCGCUUGGGGAGAGGAGGCAGAGACAGUCCUUAAUGUGCCCUUGAAGAGGAUACAUCAGGAGAGGAAGAAGGAAGGAAUCAAGGAAGGUAUGAUAUUGUGGUUUUCUUUUCUCAGCACCGAGUAUAAUAUGCUGUGCUAAUGCUGCUAUAUUAUUAACUAUCUGGUUUUGCUGAAUCUCAGAUUGACAAAGGCAGAACUUGGGUGCUUGCCUGCAAGGUGUACUCAGUCAAAAUAUGGCUGAAGACGUUCUAGUUUAGCUUAUGGCUAUGUGUGCUGGCUGCUAAGGGUGCCACUGUGGCAGCUGUUGCAAUGCUGAAGUAAGGAGUCAUAAUUGUGUGAGAGAGAGCAACUUGUGCCAAUGAUGUUAGUGCAAAGCAGGCACUGUGGCUCUGGCAGUGAAUUCUGGGCCAGUGAUUCUUUUUUGGCCAUUUUGAGACUGUGUGUUUGACAUAAUGUGGUGUUCUGUGUUGGGAGGGACUGUGUGCUUCUGUUCUGCAGUGUUUUUCAAUGCAGAAUUUCAAAAUUUGUGCAAUCUGCUUGUUUCGGCCAUUUGGAAACAAUGGGGAACUCCAAAAAAACCCAUUGUUUGCCAUGGGUACAUCCUAGGGACACAAAAGUUGGUUCGGUGGUAGGGUGUGAUGUGUACUACCUGUCACCUAUAACGGGCUUGUGAUUUAACAGUCCAAUUUCCCUUUGUGGGUGUGGCUUUAGUUAGUGUGUGGUAGGCUGUGAGCAAGGGUAAAGCGUUAGCUGUAUGUUUGUUAGACCUUUGUCAAUCCAAGUCCAAAAGAAAUGGGCAAACAGGUGAUUUUUAACAAAUUUUUAACCUUUCCCCCAAACUCCCAUAGGAUCCUAUGGGAGUUUUGGGGGAAGGCUAAAAAAGAUCACCUGUUUGCUCAUUUUUUGGUGGGUUGGGUGGUAGGUAACAUCCAUCAUGCCCUACCACCCAGUGCACUUUGGUGUUCCUAGGGCCUACCUAUGGGAACCAAUGGGGUGAUUUGAGUUCCCCAUUAUUCCCUAUGGCCGAAUCACUCAAAUCGAUUCAAGUUGAUCUGUCAAAACAGCUGGCAAUGGCCGCUGUUUUGAUGAAUCGAUUCGUAUUUUGCAAUUCAAUUCAAGCUCAAAUCAAAUUGCAGAAUCCAAUUCAUGCACAUCUCUAGUCCUAGGCAAGUCUUUCCUUCUCAGCCUCAGCCCCACGAUCUGUAAUAUGGGGAUAAUAAUAUUUGUUGCCUUACAAGGUUCUUUUAAGAAUUACAAAAAAAUAUAAUGGAUGUGAAGCAAUUUAAAUAUUCAAAAGCACUGUACAAAUGCUAAGUAGUAGUAGUACAGCUGUUUCUUCUUUCAUGCUACCUCACCUGACUUCUUGACUGUUGGCACUGCUUUCCCCCUUCUUGUGGUAUAUGGCAUGCACCUACAAAGGGUUUGUGAUUUAACAGUCCAAUUUCCCUUUGAUACUCUCUGGGUGUGGCUUUGAUACUCUCUGGGUGUGGGAGGCUGUGAGCAAGGGUUAGCUGUAUGUUUGUUAGACCUUUAUCAAUUCAAGCCUAAUAAAAGAAAGAUGUU